AUGCGGCUGAAGGAUUGCUUCCUGCCUUAUUCCCCAGGUUAUUCCGAGCUAGACCUGGCCAAAGGCACUGCCCUGGGCCCCCAAGAGACCAUGCCUUCGCUCUCCCUGAGGGUCGGCGCCGAGUCUGGAACGCGGGGCCCGGGGCGCGCCUCGGAGGCGGGUGGGGGUUCCUCCCUCCGGCACCGCGGGUCCACGCCCGGCCGGCGGGUGGGACUUCGCUGCGGCGCCGAGCCCGAGUCCCGGUCCCCGGUGGUUCCGGGGCGCUUCCCCCGGGGAGCCCCGGUCCCCGCGCACGCGCGCGCGCGCUCGGCAAGGGGGAGCCCCGCGCUGCCGGGAGCCCACGGGGAGCCAUGGCGAAGGGAGCCAGGCACCGGGGGCAGCGCGGACAAGAGCGAGAGCCCGCGGGGCGGCGGGAGCGGCGGCGGCGGGAGCGGCGGGCCGGAGCGCGGCGCCCAGGCCGGGGCCGGGGCCGGGGCCGGCGAGGGCGGCGUGGCCCUGAAGAAGGAGAUCGGGCUGGUCAGCGCCUGCGGGAUCAUCGUGGGGAACAUCAUUGGCUCUGGGAUCUUCGUCUCGCCCAAGGGUGUGUUGGAGAAUGCGGGCUCAGUGGGCCUUGCUCUCAUUGUCUGGAUUGUGACGGGCAUCAUCACUGCUGUGGGAGCCCUCUGCUACGCCGAGCUGGGGGUCACCAUCCCGAAAUCAGGAGGUGACUACUCCUACGUCAAGGACAUCUUCGGAGGACUGGCCGGCUUCCUGAGGCUGUGGAUUGCUGUGCUGGUGAUCUACCCCACCAACCAGGCUGUCAUCGCCCUCACCUUCUCCAACUACGUGCUGCAGCCGCUCUUCCCCACCUGCUUCCCCCCGGAGUCCGGUCUUCAGCUCCUGGCUGCCAUCUGCUUAUGUAAGUAUCGCUUGGGCCUGAAUUUCAGGACCAUCUCUUUUACCCUCGCUGGUGACCUGCAUACCUGUGAGCUUCCUUCUUUGCCUCCUUUAAUAAUUCUUAUUUAUUUAUUAUUGUUAUUGUCUUUCUUCAUUAUAUUUCCUACAAUGUGUCUUGAAGAUAUAUGUUUUGUUUGGGGGCACAGGGGUUUGGACCUAUAACCUUGAACUUAUUAAGCAAGUGCUUUGCCUCUUGAGCCAUACCUCCUGCCCACACAAGUUUCUUUUGGAUGAAUGGAUACUGCAUGCAAUUAUCUGAUGUUGAAAACAAGAAGACACUGAACACUUAGACAUUUUAAAUUGUAUCCCCCUGUACA